AUGCCUCCCUCACCGUCCUACCGAUCUGCCGAGCCGCCCGAUUCGCCCACGCAUGACUCCGACUCCGACCUCGAUCUCGACAUCCAGGAGCUCGACCCCAUCGCUGCCGAGCCAGCCCGCGGCUCCCGACAGGACCGCUCCGCAGCCGAGCAGCAGACGCCGCGGAUAGCGCUGCGAAACCUGCGCAUGGGUGGGCUGCGACGCGCGAACAAGCGAGGCCGGGGCUAUGGAGACCUGGGCCAGAACCGUGAUGGGAACGACGAGCACUCGCAGUCGCUGUUAGGGGAAGAAGCCGACGGCUCCGGCCAGCGCUGGUCCGAAGGGAGUGGCUACAGCGAGGACAAUCGACCGCUGCUAGGUGAUCAAGACUCGCAGCCCCGGCGGUCCUUUGGCUCUGAACGUAGGCCGUCUCGCUUUGGGCUUCCCAGCUUCAUCUCCGGGUCAAAAAAGCCAGAUCGGAACGAUGCCGACGACCAGGAGGAGGACGACCCGUCUGCGUCCCGACAUGUGGCUGUAGGCUCGAGCCAGCCCGUUCGAUUCCCCACCAAUAUCAUCUCCAACGCCAAGUAUACGGCCUUGACCUUCCUCCCAAUCACGCUCUACAACGAAUUCUCCUUCUUCUUCAACAUGUAUUUCCUCCUUGUGGCUCUCUCGCAGGCCAUCCCUGCCCUCCGAAUCGGCUAUCUAUUGACCUAUAUUGCUCCUCUGGCGUUCGUGCUGUGCAUUACCAUGGGAAAAGAAGCGUUUGAUGACAUUGCCCGAAGGCGCAGAGACAUGGAGGCGAACUCCGAGGAGUACAAGAUCAUCGUGUUCCGUGACCCUGAUCUGAACUAUAACAAUAUGCGGCAACGGAAGUCUCUCAGAUCAGAGACGGCGCGAAGAGGAUCCAAGAAAUCAAAGGGCGUGCGAGAUAGCCUCUCGGAUAUCGUGGAAGAAAACGAUAUCGAAGGUGUGCAGCCGUCUUCCGCCGUCCAGGAAGUCAGCCGCAAGUCCAAGGACUUGAAAGUUGGCGACGUGCUUAAACUCAGCAAAGGCCAGCGUGUUCCAGCUGACGUUGUCAUUCUGAAGUGCUACUCUUCAGAAACCCCCAAUCCUGCGGCAGCUACGGAGAUGGAGAUGGAGCCCGUUGAAGAAGACGCUCUUUUGGCGUUUGGAGAUGGCGAAACGGAUUCUGCCCCCAAAGGAAAACAGCUUGCAGAAGAAGCACCAGAACACGAAGAUUCCAGCGACGCCGCUGGGGAGACGUUCAUCAGGACCGAUCAGCUCGACGGUGAGACUGAUUGGAAGCUCAGACUGGCAUCGCCCCUUACGCAGAAACUCCCGACCGAGGAAUUUGUCCGCCUCCGUGUGACGGGUGGGAAGCCCGACAGGAAGGUUAAUGAGUUCUUGGGUACCAUCGAGCUCGUGGAUUCUCGGAAAGACGCUCUGGCACACCACUCGUCCCCGCAGCAGAACCCCGAUGCCUCCAAGUCUGCCGCCCUCUCCAUCGACAACACUGCCUGGGCCAACACAGUUAUCGCCUCUCAAGCCACCACAUUGGCUGUUAUUAUGUACACUGGUCCUCAGACGCGGUCCGCCCUAUCCACAGCCCCUUCUCGCUCAAAAACUGGUCUCCUAGAGUAUGAAAUCAACUCGUUGACAAAGAUUCUUUGCGCUCUGACCCUGGCGAUUUCGGUCAUUCUGGUUGCCCUGGAAGGGUUUUCCAACACGGAAGGAAAUAUCUGGUACGUCAAAAUCAUGCGGUUCUUGGUCCUCUUCUCGACCAUCGUUCCCAUUAGUCUGCGUGUAAACCUCGACAUGGGGAAGAGCGCAUACUCGUGGUUCAUUCAACGGGAUCCUGGGAUGCCUGGCGCCGUCGUUCGAACUAGUACAAUCCCCGAGGAUCUUGGACGCAUCGAAUAUCUUCUCAGCGACAAAACUGGUACCUUGACGCAAAACGAAAUGGAAAUGAAGAAAAUCCAUGUGGGCACAGUGUCCUAUGCCAACGAGGCUAUGGACGAGGUGACCUCGUAUGUCCGACAAGGAUUUCAUGUCCAGGCCACGACAGACCCAGCAUCCCAGAAUAUGCUCAUCACUCCGUCGUCAACUUACUCAAAUGCUGCAAACGUGGGUGCAACGCGUACGAGGAGAGAAAUCGGAACUCGAGUCCGCGAUGUCGUGCUUGCCCUUGCCCUCUGCCACAACGUGACACCGACCGUUGACACGGAGGAUGGCAAGGAGGUCACUUCGUACCAGGCCUCCUCUCCCGAUGAAAUUGCCAUCGUCAAAUGGACAGAGUCUGUUGGUCUGAGGCUGGUCCAUCGUGACCGGAGGAGUAUGGUUCUGGAAUUCGCCGAGAGUGGAAGACCUAUUGUCCGUGUCAGGAUCCUCGACGUGUUCCCCUUUACUUCUGAGGGCAAGCGUAUGGGCAUCAUUGUUCACUUUCACGAAGAUGUCAAGGUUAAGAACCCGGACCUGUCCAGCGGGGAUAUUUGGUUCUUCCAGAAGGGUGCCGACACUGUAAUGGGCGCUAUCGUUGCGGCCAACGACUGGCUUGACGAGGAAACGGCAAACAUGGCCCGCGAGGGUUUGCGAACACUGGUGGUCGGCCGCAAGAAGCUUUCCUAUCAGCAGUACCAGGAGUUUUCUGCUCGGUACCAGGAAGCCUCAAUGGCAAUCACUGGACGUGACGCCGGGAUGCAGCGUGUCGUAUCACACUACCUCGAGAAUGACCUGGAACUUCUUGGUGUCACCGGCGUGGAGGAUAAGUUGCAGAAGGAUGUCAAACCCUCUCUGGAACUCCUCCGCAACGCCGGCAUCAAGAUCUGGAUGUUAACUGGCGACAAAGUGGAGACGGCGCGGUGUGUAGCCGUCAGCUCUAAACUUGUCGCCCGCGGACAGUACAUCUACACUGUUGAGAAGCUUAAGAAGAAAGACAAUGCUCAGGACCACCUCGACUUCCUCCGCAGCAAGACGGACGCCUGUCUCCUCAUCGAUGGCGAAAGUCUUGCGCUAUUCCUGACGCACUUCCGCCUCGAGUUCAUCUCUGUCGCCGUCCAACUGCCUACUGUGGUCGCCUGUCGUUGUUCCCCGAACCAGAAGGCCGAGGUCGCUCUGCUCAUCCGCGAGUACACUAAGAAACGUGUGUGCUGCAUUGGAGACGGAGGCAACGACGUGUCCAUGAUCCAGGCUGCCGACGUGGGAGUCGGAAUUGUUGGCAAGGAGGGUCGCCAGGCCAGUUUGGCUGCCGACUUCUCUAUCGAGCAUUUCUGCCAUCUCGUCAAGCUGCUUGUCUGGCACGGCCGGAACAGCUACAAGCGCAGCGCUAAGCUCGCGCAGUUUGUUAUCCACCGUGGUCUCAUCAUCGCCGUCUGCCAGACUAUGUACAGCAUCGCCAUCAAAUUUGAGCCGGAUGGUUUAUACAAGGACUGGCUCCUUGUCGGAUAUGCUACUGUUUACACCGCUGCCCCUGUUCUGUCUCUCGUCCUCGACAAAGAUGUCGACGAGAACCUGGCUAACCUUUACCCGGAACUCUACAAGGAGCUCACGACGGGUCGGUCUCUCUCAUAUCGGACCUUCUUUGUCUGGGUCUUUGUCUCUAUCUACCAAGGCGGCAUGAUUCAAGGCCUGUCACAGAUUCUCACCGAUGUUGACAGCCCCAAGAUGGUCGCCGUCAGCUACACGGUUCUGGUCCUCAACGAAUUACUCAUGGUGGCGAUUGAGAUUACCACAUGGCAUCCCAUUAUGAUUUUCAGCAUUGUGGGAACCUUUCUUCUCUUUAUCGGCUCUAUACCCUUCCUCGGUGGCUACUUUGACCUUGCAUUCCUGAUCACUUGGGGCUUCGUCUGGCGUGUACUAGCCAUAGGGGCCAUCUCGCUGGUCCCGCCAUAUGCCGGGAAGCUGAUUAGGAGAACGAUGAAGCCUCCUUCGUACAGGAAGGUUCAGAGCACAUGA